AUGAAUCACAUAACCAACCCAAACGAGCCCUUCCCGACCCCCUCCAGCCUAGCCGCCGCGACGACAACCCACACACAGCGCAACUUCCGCGUUGCCUCCCGCAAGCUCCCCAUCUCCAAAGCCGGUCCCAUCGACGAGAUGACGGCCUCCCUCGGCAUCCCCGUACCCGAGAUGAUCUUUGGCGACAACCUGGUCUCGGUAUCCCACGUCCCCACGGGCUGGUCCAUCGCCUUCAACGCCUAUGACGCGCUCGACGCCGUCGACAAGACGGAUAAAAAGAUGCUGCAGGUCGCGUAUGCGCGGGACUGGUCCUCGUCGCGCGAGAAGACGAGCGCGGGUAUCAAGGAGGUCGUCAAGCCGUACGACUGGUCCUACUCCACCGAGUAUCGCGGUACCCUCAAGGAGCCUACAGCCAGUGCGGGUGCGGAGGAGGGCGAGAACGGGAACAAGAACAGGCUAGAAGACACGACGACGAGGCAGAUCCCCCUCGAGCUUCUCAAACGCCGCGACCCGAUCCUCUUCUUUGACGACGUGGUGCUCUUCGAGAGCGAGCUCGACGACAACGGCAUCUCCAUCGUCAGCGUCAAGGUCCGCGUGCACGAGAAGCGCAUGCUGCUUCUUUGCAGGCUGUUCAUGCGGCUCGACAAUGUUAUCGUGCGGAUCCGGGAUACGAGGGUGUACGUCGAUUUUGAGACGGACGAGGUUAUUCGGGAGUACACGGCCAAGGAGGAUAGCUUUGACAGCGUCAAGCGGUCGCUGUUUAUGGAGGGAAGGUUGCCGGAUGACAUCGUCAUUGCGCUGCGGGACCCAAACUUGCUCUACAACCUGCUGCCGACGGUCGAGCAGACAGUACAGAGCGUAUUCCUCGACCAAUGA